AUGUCAUUAUCAGCUGCAGCAAACAAGAUAUCUGAUAAGGAUUUUCAAAAUAUUGGACCAGCUCCUCAACCUCCCACAACUAGUCUCAAUUCUGUGAGCUAUAAUCAGACGCGACCUAUUACAAAUUUUGUGAGUAAUUUAGAUCUGAAUCGUAGAACACCAGCACAACGGUCCGUAUCACACACCAUGAAAAGAAAGUCUGGUUGGAUAUCAUAUAAAGAUGAUGGUCUCCUGUCAUUUUUAUGGCAGAAGAGAUUCCUAGUCUUAAGUGAUUCAUAUCUAGCACUUUACAAAACCGAUAAGAACUUGGAGGAUCCUGCUCUUCUGAUCUCUUUGACAAGUAUUGUAAGUGUCAGCAGAACUCAAUUAAAGCACAACUGUUUCGAAAUUAUCCGCUCCAAUGAACGUAAUUCUCUUUCUAGUUCAUCCUCUUCAGGUAGUGCUUUAAAUUUAUCUCCGUCUUUCGAUUCAAACAAGAAAGCCAUCUAUAUUGCAACGAAAACCGAAUACGAGUUACACGACUGGCUUGAUUCUAUAUUUGCUAAAUGUCCUUUAUUAAGUGGAGUAUCCUCUCCAACAAACUUUACUCACAAAGUGCAUGUAGGCUUUGAUCCAGAGACUGGAAGUUUCGUCGGUAUGCCAACAAACUGGGAAAAACUUUUGAAACACUCAAGAAUUACUGGUGAAGAUUGGAACAAUGAUUCUGCCGCUGUUAUACAAGUAUUGCAGUUUUAUCAAGAAUACAAUGGUAUAAGCCCAACAAGUAAUAAUUCAGAUACGGCAAAAUCAAACAAUUCGUCCGUUAAUUCUUUACAUCAUAAUAUAAAUACCAAAGCUAGUACGUCUGAAUUAUUACCACAGAGGUCGGCUCCAUCUCCUCCAAACACUCGUACACCUUCCAGCUCGAGUAAAAAUAAGUUACAUACAAUUGACACUAGGACGCCAGUACACCAUCCGAUUUCAUCUGGGAAGAAGGCUACUCAGCAAUUAUAUUCUAGACAGCAAACUUCAAAUCAGUCACCAACGAACAAUGCUCCACCUAAAGUAAUGAUGCACCAGUCACCUUAUGGCAGCGAUAACUCAACAACGCAGAAAACAUCACAAGGUUCUACACCAACCAACGCUUAUAGACCACACCAUAAUCUAUCCAAUCCUUAUGUUAAGGCGCAAGGUUCUGCAUCUUCUUCUUCAUUACAUCACCAACAACAAAGGACCAUGAACGCUCCACAGGCUCAAUUACCAACUGUCAUGUCAGCAAAAUCAUUUGGAAACUCCAAUAAUCAAAGUCUGGGAACUCUUCAACCACGUCGUGCUGCACCAAAACCACCAACAGUCGCUCUUAAGCAACAAGCUCCUCAAACAAGUAACACUUAUAACAAUGCUUCAAGUGUAGCUGCCGCUGCUAUGGCAAUGAGGAAAGAUAAUCACACUCAACAACAAUUUAAAGAGUUACCGCCUAAAGUGCCAGCAGAACCAUCCAAAGAUGCAGGCAUCACCAAGCAAAAAAAACAGUCAAAACCAUUAAUGUCUAAUGCUGAAAUUAUGUUAAGAUUGAAAAGCGUAACUUUUAAUACGGAUCCAACGCCAUAUUUCAAAAUGAUUGAGAAAGCCGGUCAAGGUGCUAGUGGUUCUGUAUAUCUUGCAGAGCGUCUUGAAUCACCUCCUUCGGAAUAUCAAAAUGAUCAUGUCGUCAGUAUCGAGAAUAAUGAACCUCAGGCAAUUGGUGAUAAGGUGGCCAUUAAACAGAUGAUACUGUCUAAACAACCACGUAAAGAACUGAUUGUGAAUGAAAUUUUAGUUAUGAAAAAUUCACGUCAUAAAAAUAUAGUAAAUUUCUUAGAAGCAUACCUGAAAACUGAGGACGAUUUAUGGGUUGUCAUGGAAUUUAUGGAAGGUGGUUCGUUAACUGAUAUUAUUGAAAAUAGUCCAACUAAUGGCAGCAAUCACUCUCCUUUAACAGAACCACAAAUCGCCUAUAUCGUAAGAGAGACCUGCCAAGGUCUAAAAUUUUUGCAUGAUAAACAUAUCAUUCACAGAGAUAUUAAGUCAGAUAAUGUUCUUUUAGAUACAAGAGCGCGUGUUAAAAUUACUGAUUUUGGCUUUUGCGCUAAGCUUACAGACAAAAGAAGUAAAAGAGCUACGAUGGUGGGUACUCCUUAUUGGAUGGCCCCUGAAGUCGUGAAACAACGUGAAUAUGACGAGAAGGUUGAUGUUUGGUCUUUAGGUAUUAUGACGAUAGAAAUGCUGGAGGGAGAACCUCCAUAUCUCAAUGAAGAUCCGUUAAAGGCUUUGUAUCUGAUUGCCACUAACGGUACUCCAAAACUGAAGAACCCAGAAACAUUAUCGUUAGAAAUAAAGAGAUUCUUGAGUGUCUGUUUAUGUGUGGAUGUUAGAUACAGAGCAUCAACGGAAGAAUUACUACAUCACACUUUCUUUGAUAUGGCAUGCAAGCCAUCAGAUCUAACACAAUUGUUGGAAUGGAAGGAAUGA